AUGGAGGGCCCAAUGACCUCACCUGAGCCCCUGACGGAAGUAGGUAAAUCCGACGCUCUUCCCCCCAUUGUUCCCACCUCACCAUCCACUCCAUUCAUCGGAGCUCCAUACAUCAUGUCUGCCAAAAAGAUUGAGCAAUGGGAGAUUGAACGAUACUGGGAGAUCUUCGUUUCGUUGUCAAAUGGCCAGAAGCACCUCAACAGCUCCCAAGCUGCCUCCGUGCUGAGGAACAGCCGGCUGCGCGAUGAUCAGCUCGAGAAGGUCUGGGAUAUUGCCGAUGUCGACGGAGAUGGAGAGCUGGACUUUGAGGAGUUCUGUGUCGCAAUGCGCCUAGUCUUCGACCUAGUCAAUGGCGAACUACAAGAGGUCCCGAAUACGUUGCCAGAUUGGCUGGUCCCAGAGUCCAAAUCACAUCUCGUGCAGGCGACUCGGGCAUUAAACAUUGGACAGGAGCAGUUUGAGCGGAUAGAAGACGAGGACGAUUCGCUCGGCCUGAAGGACGGCUUCGAUUGGUACAUGAAGCCAGAGGAUAAGAACAAGUACGCCGAGAUCUACGAUGCCAACCGGAACGCGCGCGGCCAAGUCGAAUUCCAACAACUACAACCACUCUACGAAUCGCUCGAUGUCCCCGACACUGACGUCCGCUCCGCCUGGAACCUCGUUAAUCCCUCCGCAACCCCCGCAAUCAACAAAGAUGCAACGCUCGCCUUUCUGCAUAUCCUGAACUUCCGCCACGAGGGCUUCCGCAUCCCACGUACGAUCCCCGCAUCGCUGCGCGCCUCAUUCGAAAACAAUCAAAUCGACUACCAGGUUGACAAAGCGCGACCCGCACAGCGCUACGGUGCAGAUGGCGAUACGGAAACGCGCACAGGCCGCAAGGCCAAGUUCGGCGACACCUAUCUCAGCCGUCUGGGCGUUGGCGGCAAGGGCUCGUACCAGCCUAAGGGCACGGAUUUCAGCGACACGAUCCAGGACGAGGAGUGGGAGAAGGUUCGACUGCGCCGCGAGCUAGCGGAACUGGAGACGAAACUAAACUCUGCCACCAAAGCCUCCGAAUCCAGGCGAGAUGGGCCGCGGCACGAUGGCCGGCCUAAUUGGGUUCUGAUUAAAAAGGAGGCGCUCUCGCUGCUGGAGUACAAGGAGCGGGAGUUGCGGGAGCUGCGAGAGGGUACUGGCCGUGCAAAGGACGGACAGGACUUGGAGCGGCUCCGAGAGGAUGUUAAGGCCGUCGGAGAACAAGUUGACGGCUUGAAGAGCCACAUGGCCCAACGGCAUGAUGUACUUUCAGACCUCCGCAGCCAGAUUGAAGACGAGAAAGCCCGGCGGUGA